GGUCGAGGCUGUAAGAACCUCAGUCGGUCUGUGGGUCGGUCCGCGGGUCAGUCUUUGAGCCAUUACUAGUCUCCAGCCGCACUUUGACACAAAACGCCGUCAGCAUGCAGACGUCUCCGGUGAAGUUCGCCGCUUUCUGGCUCCUGCAGGCUCUCUUGUCGCUUUGGUGUUUCCAGGAGGUUGUUGAAGCGGCCAGCAGCAGAGGGUUCGGAGAUAACAUCCACUGGAGGACGCUGGAUGAUGGCAAGAAAGAAGCUGAAGCAAGCGCACUACCAAUCAUGGUCCUCAUCCAUAAGAGCUGGUGUGGAGCCUGCAAAGCGCUGAAGCCCAAAUUUGCUGAAUCAAAGGAAAUCUCUGAACUGGCGCACAACUUUGUGAUGGUCAACCUGGAGGACGAGGAGGAGCCGAAGGACGACGCCUUCAGCCCAGAUGGGGGAUACAUUCCUCGGAUUCUUUUCCUGGAUCCCAGUGGGAAGGUCCACCCUGAAAUCACCAACAAGAACGGAAACCCCAACUACAAGUACUUCUACAGCAGCGCAGAGCAAGUGGUGUCCGGGAUGAAGGAGGCGCAGGAGAAGCUGACGGGCGACUCCUUCAAGCAGGGCCACGCCGGGGACGAGCUGUGAGGGGGCGGCGCCGCCCCGCAGGCUGUAAGGGCUACGCUUCCUCUACUGGAGCCUGCGCUUCCAAACACACACACACACACCAACAACCCCCUUCAGUGCUCACACUCCACAGCUGACCCGACCCAUCAGAAGUCAUUGGUUUUUCUGUUUUUCAUUUGUCUUGUAUGAUUUUACCUUGUUUUUGAGAACCUCUGUCAACUAAAUGCCAUAUACUGUACCUGCCGUCUGUAGAGGAUACGACCAAAUCGAGGCUGUCGGUUACAAAGAUCACACCUUCAGUAUGCCAAGUUCUUGACAGAUUCUCAUUUCAGAGCCAUAAAAAGUUUUCGUGUGCGAGGAAUCCAUGUUUUCCUGAUCACUUUUCUUAGUUUCAUUACAGGAUGAGCACCUUGAGCCAAGUCGUAGCUCCAAAUUACUGAGUCCACUUCAAGGUGGGAGCACAUUGUAGGCAUGCAUGUUUCUAAAAAUAAUCCCACAUGCAGUCAGUAAUUCAUUAAAUCAACAUUUCCCAUCAGGCCUGGCGGUAGUGAUGGUGACCCUCUGGUCAUGAGAAUUCUUUUCACAAUAAAAGUCAUCAUGGUUCCUCUGCAGGGCGCCAAGUAACUGAAUUUUCACAUUUGAAGGUUUUUUUCUUUCACGCUCAGUACUGUAAAUCCACAUAUGUACUGUACUUCAUGCUAGCUGAGAUCAAUACUCCAACACGUCUGGUGAAGUGCUUCCAGAGAUCCUCCACAGUCGCCUCAGUGCUUCAGUGAAACGACUCGCCGCCUCUCGCGCUGUACUUCUGACUCACGGGUCGUAACGUUUGGCAGGGUCAGCAAAUCCAGCGUCUGUCGUGAACUUUGUGAAAUCUCCGGUUUGUGUUCAUUUACACUGAAGUCUCAUUCACUGCACUGGAAAAAAAG